GUUAAAAGAUCAACUUAAUCCUUACGGAGAAGAGGUCGCGACCGACUUCUCGAAUUCUCUUAUCCUUGUCCAUUACGAAAGUGGGAAAUCAUAAUACUCGAGGGCUUCUUUUUUGGUUGUUGCGGUUGUAAAUAUUCUUCUUGCUAUUAUUCUUGUUAUUAUAUUAUAUUAUAUUAUAUUAUCGUUGCCAUCAGCAUCAUCAUCAUCAUCAUCGCAGCUGCUGUGUGUGGAUUCUUGACACUGAAUCUUUUUUGCAGUUAUUUGCUUUUUUCUCUUCUCUUCACUUCCGACUUCAUCACCACUUCUCCAACUGAUUGAUUGUAUCUCCAAGUUGGCUUCAAAGCAUCUCCCUCCCCCUCCCUCCCCGCCCCAUCUCUCAAUCCAACACCUUCCAUUCGACAACCCACCAGCGUUGCUUGCUUUGCCCUCGUUCUUUCCUUCCUUCCUUAUCCAGAAACGAAUUCAUUACGGAGUACGACCCCAUAAACCGCAUCUCUUCCCCCCUCACACGAGAAGAGCAAAAAACAAAAAUAUCAUUUUCGUUUUUAUUUUCGUUUUCAUCUUCAUUUUCAUUUGAGAAUACACUCGACCGACAGCUUCUACAGCAACAACACUCAUUACAAUACAACACAACACAAUACCGGUACAUCUGUAUCUACAUCAACGAUAAUAUCAUUUUCAUCUUCAUCUUCAUUCCCGCCAUCGCCAUCGCCAUCGCCACCACCAUUACGACGAAUUCCAUUCAUCACAAUCGUUAAUUCUCGAAAGAAGCAUUAUUUAUUGAUUUCCUAGCUAUUACUACUCUCAUUCAUUCAUUCAUUCAAUCCAGCUCUCCAAAAGUUCCUGUUCUUCUUCAAUCCAAGCCAAUUCAAUUCAAUUCGACGUCGAUAAAUCAUCAGAUUCGAAUUUAAACCCAAUUUCCAUUCCUUCCUUACUUCCUUCGAAACAAGCCUCAAUCCGAUAAUCCAUAAAUACACAACAUAACAUAAUCAGGGGGGGCAGGUAUCAUCUCAUCUUUUCGAAACGGUCAAUCAUCAUACCGCCUCCACCUUCUCCUCCUCCUCCACUUCAUCCCAACUUUCAAUUCAAUACCGCCAAAAUAGCUACCUUACGAGAAAACCACUAUCCUCAAAUUCCAUCUUUUGAAGAUGCGAUGAUCUAUUCAAAUGAUGCGGGUUAUCCAACGUCAAUGCCUGGUUCACCUCCCGAUUUAACGGGAUCCAAAUCCUCAAAAUCCUCCUCAUUUCAUUCCUCCUACCAAUCCGAUAACGAUGAAAUUCUUUCCGACGUCAAUCAUUUCGAAGAAAUUGGACUGGACGAUGAAUCAAGAAUCGACUCGGACAUUGGGGAAUUCGCAGUCAAAAUGUCGACAAAUCCAUACUCUUCCACAUUCACAACGGACCUGCGAAGUCAAGCAAAGCAACAACGACAACAACAACGAACUCCCAUGUCUGCCACACAAGGAAAUACUAGAAUUCCAAGAGAUUUGACAUCAACUACCAAAGGUCGUCAGGGUUACCCAACAUUGAGGUCACAGAUAAGAAAUGCGGCAUCGGAUGGCUUGGCAAUCGUGCCUGUACCCAGUUCAUCAGCAAAGACUAGAAGAGGAUUGAGUAGCCCCAGUGCGCCUGUAUUACCGACGACACUUACACGACAGCGAAGUUUGAGUCCAAAUAUUGGCGCAAGUCCAAGGAGUAGUAUAUCCGGAGCUUCCGCGAAAGGAAGAAGAGGCAGUUGGGUUUCGAAUCGAGAACGGAAGACUAUACAAGAGUUAGAAAAGGAGUGUGACGAGGAUGAUGGAGAUGAUGUACCUGAUGAAUGUCUUUUGGAGAAUGUGCCGAUAUCGCCGCGACCUCCACAAGAACGAGCGAGUGCUGCACCAUCAGCAUCGACGAGUCCCGAGAGACCUGUGAAGGAGAAAACAAAGCCACUUGGAAAUGGAACUUCUGCCAAACCAGCAGAGCAGGGAGAACUUAGAUCACCAAGAGCGAUCAUGACACGAGGAGUAACUACGGGACAAAUUUCAAAUAAUCAUUUUAAUUCUAAUAAACCACGGGCAAAGAGUUGGAACGAAGCUUUGUCGGAAUUGAGUGAAGAAGCAAAGGCUUUGACAGAAGCCUUGGAAGCACAUGCGGAAGAUGAAGAACGAAGGGAUUCCGAUACUCACAACUACCAUCGUUCAAACAAGCCAACAAGAGUAAAAUCAUCAUUCGCCGAAUUACCUCCAUUACGAAGAACUGAACUUAUGAUUGAUCCGCUACCUAUAUCAAAGGAGAAGGAAGCCGUUCUUUCGAGAACUAGACCGUCAUGGCUUCCGCCGAAGGAUCCAGCUGAGGAAAGGCGACAUCUUAAAGAAUAUCAAAAGAUGAUGGCAUCAGCAGAGAAAGUGGAACGUCAGAGAGAAUCCGAAAAACGUAGCAAAUCAACUUGCAGAGACGACACAGCAAGUUCUUUGUUAAGGAUUUGGGAAGAACAUGUCUUACCCAAUUGGGAUGAUGUGAUAAGACAACGAAGAACGAGAGAACUAUGGUGGAGAGGUAUAGCGCCAAGGAGUCGUGGAGCUGUAUGGUCAAAAGCGAUUGGAAAUCCUUUGGGAUUGUCGGAUUCGUCAUAUACUGCUGCUCUUCGAAGAGCUCAGGCUUUAGAAAUGACAAUUAAGAGUGGUUCUCAAUUGAGUGCAGAAGAAGAGAGGAAGAAGGGUUGGCUGGAACGAAUUGAGAGAGAUGUCAAGGAAACAUAUCCUGAACUGCGAAUUUUUCAACCCGAGGGGCCUUUGCAUGUGGCAUUAAUGGAUGUUCUCAAAGCUUAUUCCAUGUACAGGAGUGAUGUGGGUUACGUACAUGGAACAAGUACAAUCGCAGCCAUACUUCUUCUCAACCUUCCCGAUCCUUCUUCGUCUUUUCAAGCCCUCUCAAAUAUUCUCAAUCGACCUCUUCCUCUCUCCUUCCAUACCAAUGACUCUGGCGCCAUCUCUCGUGUUUAUAGCCUCUUCCUCACCACCCUAUCACAAAAGUUUCCACGUCUUCAUUCUCAUCUCACAUCGGAAGAAUUAAACUUUAAUCCAGAUGUCUAUCUUCGUGAUACAUUUGUAUCUCUAUUCACAAGCUCGAUAUCCCUCGAUAAUGCGAGUAGAUUGUGGGACGUAACAGUUUUUGAAGGCGAUUCAGUAUUGGUUAGAGCGGCGGUUGCACUUUUUGGAUCUUUGGAAAGUAAACUUCAUAGUGUUAGUAAUGAUGAGGAAAUUUUGGUAGUUCUUCAAGAGGGUAUCGGUGCCGAGGGAACGGGAGAAGAGGAUUGGAUUGCGGCUGUUAGGGGAGCAGGGAAGUCGUGAAAUUAUUUGUAGAUGGAUCGAUGGAUUGAUGGGUACGAGGAGUUUGGAGCGAGUUGAUUAGGAAUGGAAAGGAAUUGCAAGGAAAAGAUGGACGAAUGAGUGGAAUGUACAGUACCGGUAGUCCUACAUACAAUUUCUUGUAGGUGUAUAGUAGUUUAGAUGUGGAAGCGAUGAUCAAUCAAUCAACUAUUAAGGAUUCUAUGUUUUGUUUUCGGCGAGGUUGAUGAUUUAAUUUAUUUAUGAAGA